ACAGGGGAGGCGCCCUGGAUGGGACGGCCCCCAGCCCUGGGCAGAUGCAGUGACCAACUUGAUGCUGCUCUCCAGCUUCUCCGGACUAAAGAGAGGAUGGCUGAGGCCACAACUCCAAAGCACGCCUGGCCCCCGUGGCCCCCCCUCCUUUUCCUGCUCCUCCUGCCUGGGGGGAGCAGUGGCGGAUGCCCUCCUCUGUGCGACUGUACCUCCCAGCCCCGGGCAGUGCUCUGCGCCCACCGGCGGCUGGAGGCUGUGCCUGGGGGGCUCCCACUGGACACUGAGCUCCUGGACCUGAGUGGGAACCGCCUGUGGGGGCUGCAGCGGGGCAUGCUGUCCCGCCUGGGCCUGCUCCAGGAGCUGGACCUCAGCUACAACCAGCUGUCCGCCCUGGAACCGGGCGCCUUCCACGGCCUGCAGAGCCUGCUCACCCUGAGGCUGCAGGGCAACCGGCUGCGGAUCCUGGGGCCGGGGGUCUUCUCGGGCCUGCCUGCCCUCACUCUGCUGGACCUGCGUCUCAACCACAUCGUGCUCUUCCUCGACGGGGCUUUUGGAGAGCUGGGCAGCCUCCAGCAGCUGGAGGUGGGGGACAACCACCUGGUGUUCGUGGCUCCGGGGGCCUUUGCAGGGCUGGCCCGGCUAAGCACCCUCACCCUGGAGCGCUGCAACCUCAGCACAGUGCCGGGCCUGGCCCUGGCCCGUCUCCCGGAGCUGGGGGCCCUGAGGCUUCGCGAGCUGGAUAUUGGGAGGCUGCCCACCGGGGCGCUCCGGGGGCUGGGGCGGCUCAGGGAGCUGGAGAUCCACCACUGGCCGGCUCUGGAGGCCCUGGAGCCAGGGAGCCUGGCGGGGCUCAACCUCAGCAGCCUGGCCAUCACCCGCUGCAACCUGAGCUCCGUGCCCUUCCAGGCGCUGUACCACCUGAGCUUCCUCAGGGUCCUGGAUCUGUCCCAGAACCCCAUCUCAGCCAUCCCUGCCCGCAGGCUCAGUCCCCUGGUGCGGCUCCAGGAGCUGCGCCUGUCAGGGGCCUGCCUCACUUCCAUUGCCGCCCAUGCCUUCCACGGCUUGGCCGCCUUCCACCUCCUGGACGUGGCAGAUAACGCCCUUCAGACCCUGGAGGAAACCGCCUUCCCUUCUCCAGACACACUAGUCACCCUGAAGCUGUCCGGCAACCCCCUGACCUGUGACUGCCGCCUCCUCUGGCUGCUGCGGCUGGGCCGCCGCCUGGACUUCGGCACGUCACCCCCCGCCUGCGCUGGCCCCCAGCAUGUCCAGGGCAAGAGCCUGAGGGAGUUCUCAGACAUCCUACCUCCAGGGCACUUCACCUGCCAACCAGCCCUGAUCCGCAAGUCGGGGCCACGAUGGGUCAUCGCGGAGGAGGGGGGCCGUGCCACUUUCUCCUGCUCUGGGGAUGGAGACCCAACCCCCACCGUCUCUUGGAUGAGGCCACAGGGGCCUUGGCUGGGAAGAGCCGGGAGAGUGAGGGUCCUCGAGGACGGGACGCUGGAGAUCCGCUCAGUGCAGCUGCGGGACAGGGGCGCCUACGUCUGUGUGGUCAGCAACGUUGCCGGGAACGACUCCCUGAGGACCUGGCUGGAAGUAAUCCAAGUUGAGCCCCCUAAUGGCACUCUCUUUGACCCCAACAUCACCAUGCCAGGGAUCCCGGGGCCUUUCUUCCUGGAUAGCAGGGGCGUGGCCAUGGUGCUGGCAGUCGGCUUCCUGCCCUUCCUCAUCUCGGUGACUCUCUGCUUUGGCCUCAUUGCCCUCUGGAGCAAGGGCAAAGGCCGGGUCAAGCAUCACGUGACCUUUGACUUCGUGGCCCCUCGGCCCUCUGGGGAUAAGGGCUCCGGGGGUAACCGGGUCACUGCCAAGCUCUUUUGACCUUUCCUUCCACAGCAGGGACCCAGCCACGUCAGCUUCAGAUACCAAAGGGGGAGGAAAAUAAGGCUGCUUGGACCUAAGGCGGUCCCAAGCGGCACAGGUUUCCCACGCCUCCUGCCUGCGCCGCGCCCACAGUUCAUGAUGCCAAAAUGACAGACAGUCUGCCUCUUGCUUUUGCAGUGUGAGGAUGGCAUUGCCAUCUCUUCCCUGAGGGGCCCAGGGAGCCAGCCCAGCCCUCCCACCACCACAAAGCAGGAAACAUAACCAGGGCUCCAGUCUAACCCACCAGGCUUUCUUUACACACACUGAUACCCUCUAACUACCAAUGCCAAUUGCCAACCACAGCUACGAGAGUAUUGCAGGGGGGAGUGCCACGCGCUUCUUGGAGGCUCUGCUCCUCAACCAGGGGUCUCCUUCUCUUUUCUGCCCGGGCCCCUUCCCAGGCACAAAACCGCAGGCAAAGAAGGGGGUGGGGGAGGCCACACCGCACACUGGCACUGUGUCCCCAUGAGCCUCCGCCACCCGCCUCUGUGUGUCACUCUAUUAAACCUGCUGCCCAAGGCCAUGGCGGUUCCAGCCCCAACUAAACGCGAUUUCUGGAGUUUUCUUUACUUCAGACUUUUUCCGCCCCCUAUUUCUGUCAACUCUCCCCGCUUCCUGCCUGCCCUCUGAGCAUGCGUCCCAGUGGCCCUCCUUGCCUUAAUCUAACAGACAGGGGUUUAUGCAAAAGGCAACGAGCCAGGCCUGGAGAGAGCAGCAUUCCCAGCCCGCUUCCCCAGACUCUCCAUCUCUGGGGCUGGAGGAGCGAUCAUCCGCCUUCCAGGGGUCCCUCUGCAGAAAUUCCAACCCAGGACCCCAGUUCUCAUUCUUGAGGGACCUCACUGUCGUUCCUGUGCCACAGGUCCCUACUGCCCUUGAGGGAAAGAACAAAGGGAACUCCUAGUAAAAUGACUGACAGAAGCAAGAAUCUGCAGUCAUCAAAGGAGAGAGAUCUGGAACGCAGCAGGACUCGGAGGAACGGGGAGGAGGGGGGCGGGCAGAGGCAACAGCAGGAACACCAGCCUAGCGAGUUCCCUUCCGCAGUCUCCCCCAGUUCUGUGCCGAGUGCAGCCCCAGUAGGAAGCUGUCCCUGGAGAGAGGUCACUGUGACGGGGGGGCCUCUGAUGCAGAGGUGGAGUGGGAGGAGGUGCUGACUGCCUCUGAGUGUGCUUCAGACAGAGGGCAAAGUGGAGCCAGAAAAGCAGGGAUGCUGUGAGCUCAAGGGGCAGCAGCCUCAGCACCACCGGAAGGGGAGGGGUGAAGGGAGAGGACAGGAGCAGGGAGAAAUGACUGUGAGGUGGACAGUCACGUGGCCCUGGGAAGCCCCCCCCCCACUCUCUGCAGCAGCAUCUGCACAGCGUCCACCCUCAAGAGCCCGACCCACCCCUCACCCAAUGAUGCGCAAGCACCAUGAGCUUCUUAGCUGAUUCCUGCUGCUUUUGUCCUUGCUCUGAGACCACUCAUUACUUUGACCCUAACAGGUGAGAGGAGCCGGCACCAUGGGGACAUAGCUGGGUCACGGCCAGGCUAGUUCCUCAGUGGGGCAGAGGUGGGAAGGUAGGGGUGGGGCCAGAGGUGACUGAAAACCCUGAGUGUGGAGCGUGGGGCUGGAGAGUCCAAGUUUUAACAAAUGGGUAUCCUUGAGCCUCCAACCCUACCCCCACCAGGCACACACAAUUCUCUUAGCAUCCCCUCUCCAGUUUAUAAGACACCAGAAAGGCCUCCAGGGUGGGCAUAGCCCUCUCCCUCCUCUCUAGAUUCUCCACCAGCAGCUUAUUAGGUUGGGAUUGGGGGUCAGGGGAUAGCGGUUCUCACUCUAGUUGCCCACUCUGCAAUGCAGAAAAGGGCGGAAGCCGCAUUGCUGUGCAGAGAAAUCUCUGGGAGCCCCUGAGGCAGUGGGGAAUGGAUAACACAGGUGACCUGUGUCCGGAGCAAGUCUCCGGGACAGCACUGCCCCAUGGAAAUAGAACGCGUCACAUAUGCAAGUUCAAAUGUCCUUGUAUCACAUUAAAAAAGCAAAAAGGAACAUACAUUUAAAUACUGUAUUUUAUGUAAUCCAAUACCCAAACUAUUAUCAUUUCAACAUGUUAUCAAUAGAAAAAUUAGUACUAAUUCACAUUACUUUUUCAUAGUAGGUCUUUGAAGUCCAGGGUCCAUUUUACGCUUACAGCCCUUUCCAAUUCCAUCACCAGAUUUCCUCCAGAAAGAAUCUAUUCUGUAUUUAGGUUUCAGAAAAUUCACUGUUGAAAAAGUCGAUUCACCAAUCCAAGCUGUUGCAAACACAUGAGAAGUUUUCCAACAACUAAAUCAAGAACCGGUUUCCACCCUUAAAUGGAUUAAAACUAAAUGAAUGUAAAAUUCCACUCCUCAGUCACACCAGCCAUCUUUCCAGCGCCCGGUAGCCACAUGUGGCCAGUGGCUGCCAUACUAGACAGCUCAGCUCCAAACACUACAGCUCUGGGCAUCAAUGGGGCCUCCUUGGCAGAGGUGGGUAACAUAUCCCUGGAAGCCCAUCCAAGCGGGGAAAUGCCUGUGGAGUUACCCCACUGCCACCCCUACCCCCCUCACACAGCCUCUCCAGAAUGCCUUCGAGAAGAGAAGCCCAACAAUGUAGCAAGGUCACUCAGAUGAGCAUGUGCCAUCAUUAGUAAGCCAGUCCUCACCUCACCUGUCUGGGAAGGCUGCCCUUAGCUCAGGUGCAUGCGUGUGCUGACAGGUGUGUGAAUGCCACCAGGGCACAUGUGGGUGCGUGUGUGCACACAUGCCAGGAUGUUGUGGUCCACAUGGCUGGGGCAACCCGAUGGCGCUCUGCCCAGGGUGGGACAGAGGUGGACAGGGGAGAGAAAUAACAUUUACUGAGGACCUAUUCUACAUCCGCGGCUUUAUCUUUGUUUUCUUAUUUAAUCCUCACAUCCAUCAAUCCUAGAAGACAGGGCAUCUUAGCUGAUGGAACUAAAGGUGGAAUAGAUGAAGUAACUUCAAGUGCACAGAGCCAGUUAGUGAGGGAGCUGCAUUUGAAGGUGAGGCAACUCCAAGCUCACUCUCAAGUGUAUUUGAGAUCUGUCAUCUCAUUCCUCCUCGAAGAGCCCAAGUCAGGACUGAAAGGCUGAGUUGUGAGAGGCUGGUAUUGGGUGAACUGUAAUUUUUUUAAUCCUCAUUUCCAGGUUCAAAGAGUCCAUUCUCUUUCCUUGGAGGGUGUUCUGAAAUGGAGUGCAGGAGACAGUAGGUGGAACCAGUUACCAUAAAGCCUGGGUUGCCCGAAGAUUUCAGUGGGCAGGGCUCUCCACCCAACAAACCAAAGCAGAAAAGCCAACUUUAGCUAGAGGGGUGGGCAGUGAGGGGUUCUCAGACACAGUAGCCUGGUUCCAGAGCCCUGGCUGCCCACCAAGUCCCCUUCCUGGACAACAUGCAAACGAUCCAUUCAAACGACGUUCAGCUACCAGAGUUUUGGGAAAACUGCACACUCCCUUUGCCCGUUACAGGCAUCACCCCUUCCUCCUCCAUCACUCCAGGCUCUUCACCAGAAACCAGCAACUGGGGGCAAACGCCUUGGGCUCAGAAAUUAUCCUGGUGCUACUCUUGAGUCGUUAGACCAGAUCGAUGGAUUGUGGCAGGUGUCUUAGGAGAGAGACAUUCUCCUCAGUCUUUCCAGCUGCCCCCAACCCACUCAGAGUCUCCCUGCUUAAUUCCCCUUACAGAGGGGUUUGGAGGAAGAAGACUCAGGAGCCUCUCAUCGCAGUGCUUUCCAGGCUGAAUCACCAGCACACUCACUUCUUAGAGCAAAAGUCGCCGGCCUCUUUCUGAGAGAUGGAUGCUGGCCCGUCCUACCACCUGCUCUUACCUGUACUAACAGCCACUUCUCAGCCUGUUCUCCUUGCCUCUAGUGGACCCUGGGGAGCACAGGCAGCCCGCGCUCUCAGCUUUCCCUGCCACCUGAGGCUUCUCACAGCAGAGGCUCUGUACCUGCUUUGCGUGGAGUCCAUGAUGGCUUCAGGAUGACUGUGGGCAAUGUAUGAACACCCUUGGUCACUGCUUGCACCAGGUGUUCUCAGAGGGCUCCAUGACUCAGGAAACGGUGGUGACCAUCGCUGUGCAGGGUUCUUCCUCUCCCUUGAAUCAGGGAUCCAGCACAGCAAAGGAAAUAGUGAUAUUCGAAUAUGCCAGGGACCAACACGGGGAGUAGUACUGAAAGGCUGCCAGAGCAUCUUUGGGUCCAAACCUCUCUCAGCUUAGGUGAGGCCAUGUGUGAAAUGGAGGAGCGAAGGGGUAGAGGGAGGGUGGACGGGGAUGACCUCCGGAAGGAUCCGCCAAGCAGGGGCUAGGCAGGAAGUGGGCAGAGUCGAAUUCUCCUCCAACCUGAAACAACUCACUGAUUAUCCGCCAUGCUAGGAAUUCCUGAGCACCCUCUCUGUAACCUGAGAGCUUGCUGAGGGUAGAAGCCAGGAAAGGACCUAGGAAAAACCUCCGUUGUGAAUCACAAGAGGCUCUGUUGCUGGUAGCCAGGCAGUCCAGUCUGAUCCCUCAGAGUUUCUGCUGCUCUCUGCCGGUCCCUGGGGCAGAGGCAGCAAGGACAUUGGGAGAGGGACUGAAAAGCCAACCAACCCUCAGCUUUCUGAAUCAGGUGCAUGAGAGUUACCGAAGGAAGGUGAGGAAUAACCAACUGGCCGCAGUCCCCCUAGAAGAGCUGUUCAGAGCGAACAGAGUGGAAGGUGACCCCUGGAUUUUACCUUCCUCGCAGGUCAGGUUCUGCAGCACACAGGCCCUGGGGGGAGGGGUUAGACUAGAGCUACCAGUAUGGUGGAGGCAUUUGGGUUUUGAGCAGACAGCUCUGAGCUUUAAAGUUGUCCCUUCUACUCCCCAACCUCCCUACCCAAUCAGUUAUUGUGUUGUCGGAAAAGUAGUCAUGACGCAUUUUUGCAACGAAAAACAUAGAAAAAAAUACGUUCAUGACUUUUCCGACAACCUAAUAGAAGUCAACCCGCCUUCAAAAAUUUCCAGGAAAAGUGAUUACACCUGGCUUUUUACUGCUCUGAUUAAGAAAUUCCUCCUGUGAUUUCAUUUUUAAUCCCUCUUUUUGGACUUCUACUUCAUUUCCUCUUUUUUGCCCACCACCUCCCAUUGGAGCUGGAAGAUGUUGGGCCCAUAAAGUAGGUCUGUGCUUUUUAUAGCAACAGUGGACAUUCUUCGUUGGGUCUGAACUACUCUUUUACCUCUUUAAAGGUAAAAAUAGCUAUAGCAAUUAAGGCCCUCAAGUACCUAGGAAUAAGCUUAAGAAAUAUGUAAAUUCUAUAUGCAAAAACUUUAAAAUGCUACUGAUGGGACAUCAUGACUUAAAUAUGUAUAUAGGAAGAUCCUAUAUUAUAACUACAAUGGUUCUCUCUUAGGUAAUCUAAAAAUAUGUGAUUCCAAUCAAAAUAGCAUUAAUAGUACAUUGAAAAGUAAAUUGUGGUACAUUCCCACAAUAUAUUACUAUGCACUGAUGAGAAUGAAUGGAUUAAAACUACACACAACAGAAUGGCUGAAUCUCCCAGUGUUGAACAAAAGAAGCCAGAGAAAAUUCCUAACACUUUUGUGGAAAGCAAUUUGGCAAUACUAUACUUGCCAAAAUCCUUUUCAAACUGCCGGUGGAAUGAAAAUGGGGAAAGAAAUCUUCGUGGAAGGGAGGGAAUUUGCAAAAUUGCAUCUACCCAAAUGAAAAAAAACAACACACACACUUCUCUGACCUAGUAUUUGCUGUCCUAAGUUUUUGUUAUACAGAUAUGCAGAGCCAAAUGAAAUAUACUUGGGUAUCAAUAUAAUGUUCAAGGAUGGUUGACUGUAUCUUACUACAUAUCCCUCAGGCUUACUAUGAAACUUACUGAGGCUGAUACAUAUGUACUGCUAUGGGAGACUUCUGGACUAUAUAAAAAGGUAAUUGCAAAAUAGUAUGUAAAAUAGUUUAUCAACUGGGUAAAAAAAUAUGAGUAUAAUAUGCAUGUUUUACUAUAUCUUGUGAUAUAUCUUGUGAAACAUCAGGAGAAUCUGGUAAUAUUGGUUGCUUCUGAGGCAGAGAAGACUUAUUAUUCACUGUAAUAACCUUUUACCCCUUUUGCGUUUUGUAGAAUGUGCAUGUGUUACUUAUUCAAAAAACAUAUAUAUUUUAAAAAUUAAUACGAAACGAAAAACUGAGUCCCAAAGGAAUCGCCUUACUUAACCAGAUACCAUCUUGCGUUCA